UUGUAGUUAUUGGUUAUGUUUGAAUUCAAGAGUCCUUGGUAAAAGGCUUAUUUUUUUUGUUAAUUUCUUUAGUUUGUGAAAGUUCUGUUAAUAUUUACCUGAAAAUAUAAUGAGACGAAGUGCUGCUCCAAGUCAAGCAGGAAAAGACUCGCCCACCCAAGUGAAAUCACUAAUUUCCAGCAGCCAAAUUAAUGUUUCCAAAGCAUUUUGUUCGCCUCUCACUCAGUCGCUAAAAAGGACUAGGAAUUCGGGAAAAGAUAAUCCCAAAGCUAAACUAAGAUCUCUAAGGAAAGCAGAUGAAAAUAACGAAAUUGUGUAUCCUUCAAAUCAUGAAGAAAUCAUUAAACAACUCUCCAAACCGUACAUUUGUCCGAUACCGAAUUAUGAAGGGGCGCAGUCCACCAAGAAUUUGGGUAUUCGUAGAGCGCAACCUAAAAGAGCCUUAUACGAUCCUAAUAUGCCCAAUGCUUUAGUUUUAUAUACUCCGCCCCCUCAAACUCUUCAUGAUAAGCUAAAGAAUGAAAAGGAUGUUUUAGUACAUGUAGUAGUGGAUCCUCAGUUGGGAAACAUUUUGAGACCUCAUCAAAGAGAAGGGGUGAAAUUUAUGUACGAUUGCGUCACAGGCAUCCAAAUCCCAGAUUAUUAUGGAUGCAUUAUGGCAGACGAAAUGGGUCUAGGAAAAACGUUGCAAUGCAUCACGUUGCUCUGGACUUUAGUUAGACAGGGACCACAAGCUAAGCCCAUUAUUUCCAAAGGAAUCAUUGUAUGUCCCAGUAGUUUGGUUAAAAAUUGGUAUAAUGAAAUAAAUAAGUGGCUCGGUGGUCGUCUGCCUUCUGUUAUGAUAGACGGAGGGCCUGAGGUUAAAAAGAAGGUUACACAGUUUAUGCAGGGACAAGGCAGGAUGGCCAUACCAGUUUUGAUUAUUUCUUAUGAAACGUUUAGGAUGCAAGCGGAAAUUUUGCAUGGCAGCGAAGUUGGGUUGGUUAUGUGUGAUGAGGGACACAGGCUUAAAAAUUGUGAAAAUCAAACAUACAGAGCUCUGAUGGGAUUGAAAGCUAAAAAAAGAGUUUUACUGAGUGGAACUCCAAUUCAAAACGACCUUCUGGAAUAUUUCAGUUUAAUUCAUUUCGUUAACGAAGGACUUUUAGGAACCUCUAGCGAAUUUAAGAAGAAAUAUGAAAACUGUAUUUUAAGAGGUCAAGAUUCAACUGCAACAGACUUGGAACGUGAAAAAGCAGUUGCGAAAAUUACAGAACUCACCACCAUAGUUAAUAAAUGCAUUAUCAGACGCACAUCGGCCCUAUUGACCAAAUAUCUACCUGUUAAGUUUGAAAUGAUUGUAAUAUGCCAACUGACUGCUUACCAAAAACAACUGUACUUAAACUAUAUCAAUUCAGAGGCAAUCAAACGAACUAUAUUGGAUAGUGAAAAGGGUGAAAAAUCAAAAGGAACCGGUGGAACUAGUUCUUUAGCCAGUAUUACAACUCUUAAGAAACUUUGCAACCAUCCGGAUUUGAUUCUCGACAAAAUACAAGAAGGAGGGGAAGGAUUUGAGAAAUCUCAGAAUAUUUUGCCACCCAAAAGGGGCACUAAUGAUGUCAGAAUAGAGCUGUCAUCGAAACUUAUUAUAUUGGAUUACUUUCUGGCUAAUUUGAAAUCCACCACUGACGAAAAAGUUGUCAUUGUUUCUAACUGGACUCAGACGCUGGAUUUGUUUGAACAAUUGUGGAGAAGAAGGGGCUACCAAUACGUGCGAUUAGACGGCACAAUGACCAUUAAAAAACGCGCCAAAGUCGUAGAGAAUUUCAACAAACCGGAUUCCACAGAUUUUAUUUUCAUGCUCAGUUCUAAAGCAGGAGGUUGUGGCUUAAAUUUAAUUGGCGCCAAUAGGCUGGUAAUGUACGAUCCGGACUGGAACCCGGCAAACGACGACCAGGCCAUGGCCAGAGUAUGGAGAGAUGGGCAACAGAAGCCCUGUUAUAUUUACAGAUUUUUAACGGCUGGAACAAUAGAAGAGAAAAUUUUCCAGAGGCAGACUCAUAAGAAGGCUCUCAGUUCGACUAUUGUAGACAUGAACGAAGAGACAGCAAGACAUUUUAGUGUUGCAGAAUUAAGGGAUUUAUUCAGAUUAGAAAACACAGAAUCUGAUACCCACGAUAAAUUGAGAUGUAAAACUUGCCUGAAUAAAAUUCCCAUAAAAAAUCCACCAGAGGAAGCAGACUGUACCAGCGAUUUAUCUCAGUGGUUCCAUUGUUGGGAUAAGAAAGGACUCGCUGAUAUGGUUUUGAAGCAAAUCUGGACCGCCUGUCCAUACAUUUCUUUCGUCUUCCAUCAGAAAUCUGCCAAACAAGAAGUACAGAAAGCAAUCAAAUUCCGGGAAGAAGACGAAAAAGAAAACGACUCUGAUUAUGAAGAACAGGACGACCCGGAAGAUUCUGAUUAUGAGAAUUGAAGUUUUGUUUGUCGUUUUUUUUAUUGUUAAUAUCAACAUAUUUGUGUUUUCUAAUAAUUAAUCUGUCAGUUUGUUGAUUUUUUUCUGUGAUAGUUUAAUGAAUUAUAAUAGUUUUCUUCUCAUUUAUCAUAGAAUCCAGUUGAAGUUAUAAUUAAUAAUAUUUAUUUUUCUAAAGAGAAUGAAUAAGUGUGCUUUUAAAGAAGCAUCUUUUUUUGAUGGUACAUUACCUAAUAUGUAUGUACUAUGUACUUAUAUCAAAUAGAUAAUAAAAUGUUAAUAUUGUUAUUUUUAAAAUAAAGAGUAAAGUUAUUUGCAAUGUUUUGCUAGCAAUAGCUUCUGAAAGUCUGGCAAUCAAUGAAAUUAUAAUGUGUUAGGGUGUUUGAAUCUCUAUCUUUGAAAGGGGUCAGAGAUGAAUGGUAGAACAAAAGUUAUUGAAAAAUAUCAUGAACCUAAAAAAUAAUAUAAUAAAUAGUAGUAGUAGAGAUUUUAAUUUAUUUCCAAUGGAAAUAUAAACUUCUGUCUAGUUUUAACUAAAAUAAAUAGUUUUAAAAAACAAGAUUCACUGAACGAAACAUUUAAUUAAUAUAUUACUAGAAAAAAAUACAACACAACAAAAAACUCUAAAUCAUAAAACAUAAACAUUAAAUUCUAAACUAAUAUAAUGUAAUAUUUUGUACUUUGUUUAUAAUUAUCAAAUGAAAAUUUGCUUCUAUGAAAAUAUUUAAGUAUUUGAAUAUUACAAGCAUUUAUGAUAAUAUGAUGGAAUUAUUUUUGUCCACCAGACAAUGGCUCAAAGCCACAAAAACAUAACCAUUGGUAUAACUUUAUUACAUUCUCUAGUGACUAUACUGGAUAUAGAAUAAUUUACGUCUAAUCCUUUAUGUACUUCAGUAUGCUUUAUAACUCCACAGUUAUCUCUAUUUCUUUUUUGAAAAUUGUAACAUACAACCGGUUUGAAAUGCGUUGAUUUUAACAUGUUUUAUAAUAUAUUGUAUCGUCUGAGUAGUUGAAACAAAAUUACAUAAACUGCAUGGAAAUUUGCUUAUAUAUCUUUUUGGUGUUGUAAUAUCAAAGGCGAUUUUUUUGUUAGUUUAAAAUAUUGGGAUAUAAUAAUAAGGAGGCAAACUGACGAGACAAAUGUGUACCAAUUGCAACUUUAUUGUUAGUAAAACCUCAAUGGUUCAAGACUUCUUUUCCAGCAUUUUCAAUGCAAGCCAGCGUUUGAGGUAAAGUAGGACCUUUGGGUUCAGCAUGCAACACUAAGUGGGGGUGUUCUAGGCUGUGAUGGUGUCUUAAUCCAUAAACGGUGUAGAAUUCUUCCGGGCAAUGUUGACAUUGAUAUGGCAUCAGUACCCAAUGGUGAAACAUGUGCUUGUUGCAUUCCGAAACUGACUUGAAUCU